CUUUGGCAUCCGCAUAAUCCAACUCGAAGUCUUUGGAGCUGAUUACGCCUAGGAUCAUGCUAUGUCAGAUCGGCAUUUUAUUUCCUGUAUUCUACUUACAACUGGACUCUAUCAAACAUGGGAUCGACGUCCAUUUCUCGUUCUACUCCCUUGCGAUCUUGAACGCUGCCUGUGUCGUCGGACGUUGCACAGCAGGAAUAAUUCCAGCAUAUACGGGGUUGUUGAACUUGAUGAUCGCAUCCACUGCCGGCAUGCAGCGUCAUCAUCAUAUCCAUGAUAGCUCUGAGUAAUAUAUCAAGUGUGGUUGUGAUAGGCGUUGGAUAUGGCUACUUUUCUGGAGUUUAUAUCGCGGUGGUGGUCCCACUGGUGACUAUGUUGACGCCCG